AGAAAGAAAGAAAAGGAGACAGAUCGCAGAGGUGGAUACACAUUCAUGAGCACACCACCGAAGGAAUUCUGGACGCCUGAUCGGCCUGUGGCCACUACCAGUCCUGUGCAACCUGACAUGAGCUCAUCUAGUUGCAGAGCUACAGCUGUACCGGACACUCAUCUGGACAGUUUAGUAGACGAUAUAAUCGGAAAGCUUUCAAUAUAUCCCAACUAUAAUAAGCGUGGUAUGACCAUUAAAAACCGGAAGGAACGUGUGAAGUCGGAAAGGCCCUGUGACUGGGAUUCUUCCAGCGCUCCAAGCAGCUCUCGCCACAGUCAUGGAUAUAAGCCCUACGCCUAUCCGGAAGAACGUAAAGAGAGCUCCCUCCGCACUCGGGUGCGUCCUGGUCACCAACACGACACACCUUUGGAUUAUGGGGCCGUGAAAGACCCAGUGGAAGUUGGGCCCACUCCGCUAAAUUAUACCGCUUUUGGGUUGCGGGAGGCCAGCGUUUACCCAAGUCUGACUACUUUUUCUUGUACACAGCAACGCCAUCGUGGGGCGUCACAGCAAACGGAAAAUCCCUUGGAAUGCCGUACAUCUAUCGGCAAUAACCAAAAGACUCCUUCGUCCCCGGUGCACGAUAAAGAUACAGGGAACAAUAGCGAGGAUGAGUAUUAUCCAGGAACUAAUAUCCGACGGGAUCCACUCUCCCAAGUUAAAAACAAGGAACAUUUCUCACCAUAUAUAACAGAAGAUUUCGAUCGCUACAUUUGUCGAAAGAAAGAUCCUACUUGUUAUGGCAACCAUGUAGAAAUCCAGGCGAUGGCAGAACUUUAUAAUCGACCAGUGGAAAUAUAUCAUGACUCAGUGGAGCCUAUAAACGUGUUUCACGCUGAUUAUUCCAAGGAAUUUCCCAUACGCCUAAGUUAUCACGGACGUGUACAUUAUAAUUCUGUGGUUGACCCAUUCAAACCAGCGUUUGGUUACGGUCUGGGGAUGCCUAAUUACCAGCCGAAUUUGGCUGAACCAGAUUUAAUUUCACAGGCGAUCAAGGAAUCAGAAGCAACCCAGUUAGAGGAGGCAAUGCUUCGUGAUAAGUUGGCCGAGACUGAGCAGUCCGAGAUAGAUCGCUGCAUUCAAGCCCAGGCCGCACGGGAAUCUUAUUACGAGUACCUUUCCCAGCUCAACAUACCGGUUGCCACUGGUGCCUCUUCCUCGAACGGACUUCCAACGGGAACACUUACGUCGACCGUUCGAUCUUCACCAUUCCCUGGUUGGGCUUCUUCUAACGUGGCAUCCUCGUCUACUUCCACCCUUGUUCCUUCCGCGCGGUUUGAUGAUGCACCAUCAUUACCGAUGGCAUCUUACCACCAGGGACAACACAUACCCUCCGAACUUCGUGGCCUGUUACAGUGA